CUUCCUGCAGCUUGGGCCGCUUCGGCUGUCCCCAGCGCGUGGAGGGAGGAAGGACGCACAGGGGUGCCGCAAGACCCCCGGGUUUUGCACGUCCGAUGCUCUUCUCCAGCUUCCGGCGGCGCAGCCUGUGGUCCUGCGGAGCGCCCCAGGGUUCGCGCGCCAGGUUGAGCCCGAGGCCGGUCCUCCCCUGUCCUCUCCGCCUAGUUCGAAGUCUCUGCGGCUGGAAGACUUUGCAGGGAGGGACAGAGGCCAGUGUGGAGCUCUUGGCCGGUUGGGGCUGACUCAUCUGGGGUACCCGACCCCGCAGAGAUUGCACUUGGAAACUUUGCGCUCCGUGUUGGGUUUUGUCUCCCUUGGGGAAGCUGAUCGGCAGUUCGGCAGGCCCGGUGCGUGGCCAGGACCGCACACUGGGGGCCAUGGAGUUCACGGCGUCGCCCAAGCCGCAGCUCUCCUCCCGGGCCAACGCCUUCUCCAUCGCCGCGCUCAUGUCGAGCGGCGGCUCUAAGGAGAAGGAGGCCACGGAGAACACCAUCAAACCACUUGGUAAGUCGGGCUGCCCGAUUGUUCUCCUUGGGCAGGAGCGGGCUGCCGCGCAUCCGUCUGUUCCUCCGUCCCCUGCCUGCGGGACGCUCGAGAGGGUGGCCGCCUUCCCCUGCCUGAGGCAGCUUCUGACCCUCAGGCCACGGGCCCCAAGCUGGGGUUGGGAGAUUCUUUUCUUUAGGGGUUUCAGAAACCACCGGUUUCGCGUCUCGGCAUCCUGGAGCUCCAGCCGAUUCUCUUUGUCUCCCCGUGUCAGGAGGAUGUUUCCCACUAUUCGAGUAUCCUUUUCCGGCGUGGAUCCUGAGGCCAAGUACAUCGUCCUGAUGGACAUCGUCCCCGUGGACAACAAGAGGUACCGCUACGCCUACCACCGGUCCUCCUGGCUGGUGGCUGGCAAGGCAGACCCACCACUGCCAGCCAGGCUGUAUGUGCACCCGGACUCUCCUUUCACCGGCGAGCAGCUGCUCAAGCAGAUGGUGUCUUUUGAAAAGGUGAAACUCACCAACAAUGAGCUGGAUCAGCAUGGCCAUAUAAUUUUGAACUCCAUGCACAAGUACCAGCCACGGGUGCACAUCAUUAAGAAGAAAGACCACACAGCCUCGUUGCUCAAUCUGAAGUCUGAAGAAUUCAGAACAUUCAUUUUUCCAGAGACCGUUUUCACAGCAGUCACUGCCUACCAGAAUCAACUGAUAACCAAGCUGAAAAUAGAUAGCAACCCUUUUGCCAAAGGAUUCCGGGACUCCUCCAGGCUCACUGACAUUGAAAGGGAAAGCGUGGAGAGCCUAAUCCAGAAGCAUUCCUAUGCCCGCUCACCCAUCCGUACCUAUGGAGGAGAAGAUGAUGUGCUGGGGGAUGAGGUUCAGACAACACAGAAUAGAGGAUCAGCCUUUACAACAUCUGAUAAUCUGUCCCUCAGCUCCUGGGUCUCUUCCUCCUCCACUUUCCCUGGAUUUCAGCACCCCCAGUCGCUCGCUGCUCUGGGCACCAGUACAGCCUCCAUAGCGACACCCAUUCCACACCCUAUACAGGGAUCUUUGCCGCCAUACAGCCGACUCGGGGUGCCUCUGACCCCGUCGGCGAUCGCCGGCUCCAUGCAGGGCAGCGGCCCCACAUUCCCCUCCUUCCACAUGCCCCGGUACCACCACUACUUCCAGCAGGGGCCCUACGCUGCUAUCCAAGGACUGCGCCAUUCCUCCGCCGUGAUGACGCCGUUUGUAUGACUCUUCUAAACCUAGGAGAAUCCAGAUCCAGAAAGUGCAAAUGGGUGUGGAA